UAGCAUUGACAUCCCGAGUUUACUCCAAAAACAUCAGCCCAGGGGAAGCUACAGAGAAAAUUUCCAGUUUUGUUUCCAAAUCUCGAGAAAAAGAGGCGUCAUGGAUGGCAAUGCGAUGAUGCUUUUCCUGUUGCUGGAUCUUCUGUGGCAAGUAAAGGCGCUCAAUUGCUCGAGUGGCAGGAGGAGCAGCGAGGACUUCUUCAUCUGCGGCGCCAACGGGUGCUGUGUCGAGGGCUGUGUGGAGAACGACCUGGGCCAGUGCGUCGAGGAGGAGUGCACCACCAGCCUGACUGGGUGGCUGCACCGGCCUGUGACAAUGUCCUGCUACUUCCACUGGGCAAUGAUCCUGUGCGCUGCCCUGACCACCGCCUUGAUGACGCUCCUGGUACUCUACGCGCUGGGGCUUCAGCUGCGGAAGUUCUUCCGCCAACGAUUCAACGCCCGGUACAGGCCCAUCAAAGACGUCAGUGGCGUCUCCAUCGGCUCCACUCUGUGCUAAGCACACAUGCGUGCCCGGCCGAUGGAGCAGAGCAGAAGAGAGGAGGCGAGAAGCAGCAGAAACAGAGGAAAGGAGUGGCGAAAGGGAUUUGGCUUAAGCUACAAUACAUUAGCGGUAGCUUUGCUCUGGCUUCCAAUUCAAUUCUUUGGGUAUCCCGUGCGAAAGCCAUGUAAAUUACGAUUCGGCACCUCGCAAAUCCUAUUAGUAGUUAAAACCUGAUUAGGAAAUACUUGCGGCUGGGAUCCCUGUGCUCCUCCUGGGCUGCCUUCACCCGGGGUUCGUUAAAAACAAAUAAUAAUAAAUGGCUCACAUGUGAAAUAA